CGUCGGAUUUUGGACAUGUUUUUGAUUAAGUGGUUGAUCUGCUUAGUUUUGCUCUGGGCAAAAUUAAAAUAUACUAAAGCAGGAGCAGAAUCAGAUCCCCUGGUUGUUGAGAUCCCGAAUGGAAAACUCCGUGGAAGGGACAAUGGCAACUACUACAGCUACGAAUCAGUUCCCUAUGCUGAACCACCAAUCGGGGAACUUCGAUUCGAAGCUCCUCAACCGUACAGUCAAAAGUGGCGGGAAAUUUUCGAUGCAACACAACCAGCCGUAGACUGCCUGCAAUGGAAACAAUUCAGGAAUGAAAAGCUGCAAGGCGAGGAGGAUUGCUUGACCGUGAGCAUCUACAGGCCGAAGAACAAAACUAGAAGCAGCUACCCAGUCGUUGUUCUUCUACAUGGUGGUUGCUUUAUGUUCGGUGGAGCCGCUUCGUAUGGGCAAGAGUACAUCAUGCGCGAGGGAAAAAUGAUUUUGGUAAAAAUCAGCUAUCGCUUGGGUCCAUUGGGUUUCGCGAGUACGGGUGAUAAGAACUUGCCGGGGAACUAUGGAUUAAAAGAUCAGCGGCUGGCUCUUCGAUGGAUCAAGCAAAACAUCGCAAGUUUUGGUGGAAUGCCGGAGAAUAUUGUGCUCAUUGGUCAUUCUGCAGGCGGAGCUUCAACUCAUUUGCAUCUGCUGCAUGAGGACUUCAGCCAGUUGGCCAGGGCAGCCAUAUCGGUGAGUGGAAAUGCACUUGACCCUUGGGUUGUCCAGCAGGGGGGACGAAGACGAGCCUUUGAAUUGGGGCGCAUUGUUGGAUGUGGACAAGCAGCGGACUCUGUGGAACUAAAGAAAUGUUUAAAGUCCAAACCGGCCAGGGAAAUAGUUUCCGCCGUUCGUAGCUUCCUCGUGUUUUCAUACGUUCCCUUUACGCCUUUUGGACCUGUUGUGGAGCCAGCAGAUGCUCCAAAUGCCUUUCUCACUCAAGAUCCCAGAGAUGUGAUCAAAAGCGGAAAGUUUGCACAAGUCCCUUGGAUUGUGACUUACAACACUGAAGAUGGUGGCUAUAAUGCCGCUUUACUGUUGGAAAAGAAUAAGACAACCGGAGAGACCCGGAUAGAAACACUUAACGAUCGCUGGUUCGACUGGGCUCCCUACUUGCUUUUUUACCGAGACUCAAAGAAGACCAUUAAAGACAUGGAUGAGUACUCUAGGAAUCUAAGGCAGCAGUAUCUGGGAGAUCGGCGAUUCAGUGUGGAGAGCUAUUGGGACUUGCAGCGUAUGUUCACCGACAUUCUUUUCAAGAAUAGCGUGCCAGAAGCACUAGAUCUUCACCGGAAAUAUGGUCAGAGUCCCGUCUAUUCGUCUGUCUACGACAAUCCUGCUGUUUCUGGAUUGGGUCAGGUGCUUUCAAAACGCACUGAUGUAUUUUUCGGUACCGUACAUGGAGAUGAUAUUUUCUUGAUGUUCGACGGUGUUUCCCUACGGACAGCCAUUCGUCCUGAUGAAGAAGUUAUUUCAAGAAAGUUCAUUAAGAUGCUAGAGGAUUUAGCACUUAGCGAUAAAGGCACUCUGUCAUUUGGAGAAUGUAGUUUCCAAAAUAAUGUGAACAGCAAAAAAUAUCAAGUGCUCAGAAUAACACGAAAGGGUUGUAAGAAUGAGCAAUAUGAUUAGUUUCUCUGAAAAAUU